UCACCCUCCACUUGGGACCAUGCUUCAUUCGUCGUUGGCUCGUCGAGGGCACCUUCACGGCGUCCGCCGGAUGCGCUACACUUUAGAACGGUAAACUCGCAACACGCUUGAACAUGCAAUCGAGGUCCAUCGCCAGGUCCAGCGAGAGACUCUCAUCGACAUGGACGAACAUGUUCUGGGCCGGGCCACGGGCGUAGACACUGCGAGCGUGUGAUUUCACGGGUGUCUUUACGAGUCCGUGCAUCCGUGGUUCUGUGGAGAAUGCUACCGCGUGCUCUCGAGAACGAACCCACCCAUGGCAACUGUGGAGGUUUUAGUCCAAAAUCUGUCGUCCAGGGGAGCUCAAGCGCGAAAUGUAUUGCAGAGUGUCCCUCCCCAGCGUCGCGCGCAAUUGCUUUUGCAGAAUAUGGCCGGUCUCUCGAAUCGACUCCUCGAAGUCGCAGGCAACAAAGAUUGGCAGACUGGUCAAAACAAGCUGAUGGCGCCUACGUUACUACAAGGUGCAGUACUGCCACCGGAAGGAGCGGCAGCUACAACUAUCAAGGACGUCCUUGGACUCCUUGAUUAUCAUCAGACACUUUUGUUCGAGGCCAUUGCGGAGUUGGCAGAGCUGCAAGAAAUGGAAAACGAGAAGCAACGCAUUGUGGAUGCCAUCGCAACAAAAGACUUGGCCAUGCGGGACUUCGCCAAGCGCGUGCGAGAUGCUCAACAGGUUCUGGAAGCAACCGUGGAGGAGUUCGAUGACUACAGACGACCAAAGCGGAAGGGUGUCACGGAUGAGUGUAGCGGAAUAGGUUUGGGGACGAUUAAUGUGCAAGAAUUGGUGGCCUAUGCCCAUCGCAUCAGUUAUACCACGUUCGCUCCUCCUGAAUUCGCCGAAGGUGCGGCUUUGCGUGGCGCACUUCCUCCCGCUCCUCAGGAUGAACAGAUGCGUGCAUCGAAAUUGUACCAUGUCAGUGAACUCGAUCUGGGACUUCCGAAAGUGUUUGAGCGAGUCGUAUCUCCGCUCAUGGGUGCUGAUGCUGACACCAAGGUCGAAGGUGGGUUCACUCCACAUGCGGGUCCCGGCGGUUUGCCUCCACCGCCUCCUGGAUGGAAGCCUGGUAUGCCAUUAGAGUUACCUCUGGAGUUGCCACCCAUGCCUCCUGGAUGGAAACCUGGAGAUCCUAUACCAUUGCCUGCUGAUAUGCCGCCCCUUCCACCUGCCGGAUGGAAGCCCGGAGAUGCUGUGGUUUUGCCACCGGCUUUUGCACCGUUUCCUGGAGUCGAGGGUGCAGCACCUGCUGGACCUAUUAAAGCUCCACCGCUACCUGCCCCUCCGAUUCCAGCUUCGGGUGUCAUUCAUGUGCCUUUUGUGCAGCUUGAUUUGAAUCCUGAGCUUGAGGAUGAAUUUGGUAGUGAGUACAGUGACGAUGAUGGCAGUUCUGACGAUGACGACUGAGGACGGAGAAUAACUCGAUCUUCUGAACUCUUGAAGUCAUCAAUAAAAGAGGAUCCACUCACUGUCACCAGGAGAUGCAUUUCAAGUUCGACGUUGAUUGCUGAAGGAGACUUCUCUCUGGUCUUGUAGCGUCUUGCUUGGGCCAAUCUUGAAGGGGUCCAGAUCGUUCUCACAGGACUUUCCGAGGGACUUACAGUCAUCUUCUACUCUCUCGGAAUUUUUUUCUCUUGAACUGCGCUGCAAGCAGUGGGCCCAAUAUUACUGCCCACAGGACCCCAGGAGGGGUUAACUGGACUUUGAAAGCUAUUAUCGGUGUUCCCUUCUUCAUGCCUGUCCGGCCACCCCGACCGUCACUGCCGAUUGUCUGUAGGGGAAAUAUCAGCUCCAAAGCGGCAGCAUGCAUUUCUCUACUUCUUCCACUGCUUGAGACCAGCAUAGAAAGCAAAAAUGGUGGGGAAGAGAAGAGAUACCACUGCUGACGAAGGACGUAAUGGGUUUUGCACCGAUCUGAAACACUGUGAUAUCUGUAAUAGAUACGAGUGUUCCAUUCAAAAUUUGCCUAAGAGGGUUCAAGCUUGAUCCUGAAGUCGCACAGUGAGAGACACACAUUACGGAAGUUGAGUUAAUCUCUAUGAGUCAGGUAGGUCGUACCCAACACAGUAGCUACUUUGAUGUCCUAAAUGUCCUUUUCAGGUGUGUAAAAGGCAGAUACUGUCUUGGUUGUACAUAGCACCGCUUUGUGUAGGCUCUUAGACAGCGCCUAGUUGAGAUCUUUUUACCUUGUGAAGACAGUCACAGCGAAGCAGAGCAAAAGCCUGUUUUUGGAAUUAAAUUCAAAUCGCAGGAACCUAGCUCACUCAGUUUUUGUCGUAGAGAAAUAUAGGCGACAAGAUACAGAAACAUGCUUCUUUCGGAAAUGGAAGAAUUUCUGCCAGAUCCAUCUCAUCCAGUCACGGAUGGAGUUUUGUAUGUUGGACGUGACGCUCUUCAUUCGGAACAGUUCAUCCAAAAUUUUUGCCAUUCCUGAGUAAAAUCCAAACAUGAAAGCAAGAGUUGAAUUAAGCUGU